AUGGGUUCUGGGUUUGAUAAUACCAAUUCCUUUUUUGUUACUACUUUUCUACUUCUGAUCUCUUCCUCAUAUCUUCACCAUUCCUCUGCUAAAUUAGAGCCAAUUAAUGGUUGUAAUCUCUAUGAAGGUAGUUGGGUGAAUGAUUCAUCUCCUUUCUAUGACACAUCAAGCUGUCCAUUUAUCGAUAAAGGAUUUGAUUGCCAGAAGAAUGGAAGACCAGACAAGCUCUAUCUCAACUACAGAUGGAAACCCACAACCUGUGAUUUGCAAAGGUUCAAUGGUGAAGCUUUUUUAAAUAGGUUUAAGGGGAAGAAAAUCCUCUUUGUGGGGGACUCACUUAGCAACAACCAGUGGCAAUCUUUGGCAUGUAUGCUUCACAACUCUGUUCCAAAUGCUAAGUACAUCAAAGGAAGAGAAAAUGGCUUGUACACUUUUACAUUUCCGGACUAUAAUGUAUCGGUGAACUACGAUCACAACGUGUUCUUAGUUGAUGUAGUUACUGAAAAUAUAGGCCAAGUUCUUAAGCUAGACUCAAUUUCAGGUGGUGAUCGAUGGAAGAACAAUGAUGUCUACAUCUUCAAUACUUGGCAUUGGUGGUUUCAUACAGGAAGUCUACAACCAUGGAAAUACAUUGAAGAUGGAGGGAAGAUAUACAAAGAGAUGGAUCGUUUGGUUGCAUUUCAGAAAGGAUUUACUACAUGGUCCAAAUGGGUAGAUUCCACUAUUGACUCAAAAACAAUUAGAGUCUUCUAUCAGGGCAUCUCUCCAGCCCAUUUCAUAGGUUCAGAAUGGAACGAAACGAAGAAGAACUGUAAAGGGCAGACAGAGCCUGUAAGUGGGUCGACAUACCCAGGUGGUUCACUUUCUGGUGUAGCUUUGGUGAAGGAUUUGUUGAGUAAGAUGUCAACGACGGUUGAUUUUCUUGAUGUGACGACUUUAUCGCAGUUGAGGAAAGAUGGUCACCCAUCUGUUUACGCUGGUGGUGGGGGUUGGGAUUGUAGCCAUUGGUGUCUUUCUGGUGUUCCUGAUACUUGGAACUAUCUACUCUAUGCUUCUAUAUCAUCCUUAACACCUAGCGAUGGUAAAGAAACAUAA